UUAAGAUAUGCAUUUUUUUUGUUAAGGAGUUUUAAUUUUGCACAGUUUUUACAACUUUCAAAACUUUUACGAAGUGACUGAAAGAUAAACAUGGCUUCCAAAUGUUGAUUGAUUCUGAAAACCUUAUAAUCUUAUUGUUGUAAUUUACGUAAGCAUUAUAAUGUGUUUAAAAUAUUCUUAAAUAAUGAUGCAGAAAACCUCGAAAACCAAAGAAAUGUUCAUUGUACGAGCUCUAGAGAAGAUCCUCAGCGACAAAGACAUCAAACGAUCUCACCACUCCCAAUUGAAGAGGGCUUGUGAGGUAGCAUUAGAGGAUAUCCGCAACGAGUUGAAGGACGGGGGGCAGGAUGGGCCAAACUCUUCGUCUGCCCUUCCGCUGCCCAAAAAUGACGAGGCAAACAUCAUCAAUGCUGAGAAGUACUUCCUGCCGUUUGAGCUGGCAUGCCAGAGUAAGGCGUCUCGCAUCGUCGUGAUUGCGCUCGACUGCCUUCAGAAGUUGAUAGCGUACGGCCACCUGACGGGCAACAUCCCAGACUCGACCACUCCGGGGAAGUUCCUCAUCGACAGGAUCGUGGAGACUAUCUGCGGCUGCUUCAGCGGGCCACAGACUGAUGAGGGGGUGCAGCUGCAGAUUAUCAAGGCGCUCCUGACCGUGGUCACGAGCCAGCAUGUGGAGGUGCACGAGGGCACCGUGCUGCUUGCGGUGCGCACCUGCUACAACAUCUACCUGGCCAGCAAGAACCUCAUCAACCAGACCACCGCACGCGCCACGCUCACCCAGAUGCUCAACGUCAUCUUCACACGUAUGGAGUGCCAGGCCGUGGAGGCGGAGACGCAGGCAGCCAUGGAUGCCACAGAGGAGGAGGGCGGCACGGACCAGUUCCAGGGCCAGCACUUGGACGCUGAGGAGCACCACAACGACGAGAAGCUAAGCGGGGAGGUGCCGGAUCCCAGCAAUGCUGAGAUGGUGCGCGGGAUGCUCAACAGCAUUGUCGAUGUGGUGGUCUCAGACUGCGAGCUAAGAAAGCAAGGAGAUAAUGACAGUUUGGCUCGAGAGUCUACAUCCACAUCGACGAUCACCAGAGUCCCUUCACAGGAAAGUAUGGACGCAGGAAACGACACGGACACUACAGUUACAGCAAAGUUCACGCAUAUCCUGCAGAAGGAUGCAUUUCUUGUGUUCCGAGCUCUGUGCAAACUGUCCAUGAAGCCACUUCCCGAGGGCCAGCCAGACCCCAAGUCCCACGAGCUGCGCUCCAAGAUACUUUCGCUGCAUCUGCUGCUCUCCAUACUGCAGAGCGCUGGCCCGGUGUUCCAGGCCAACGACAUGUUCGUGACGGCCAUCAAGCAGUACCUGUGUGUGGCUCUUUCCAAGAAUGGUGUGUCCUCUGUGCCAGAAGUGUUCGAGCUGUCCCUGGCCAUCUUCCUCACCCUGCUCUCCAACUUCAAGAUGCACCUCAAGAUGCAGAUUGAGGUCUUCUUCAAGGAGAUCUUCCUGAACAUCCUAGAGACGUCCAGCUCUUCCUUCGAGCACAAAUGGAUGGUAAUCCAGGCCUUGACACGGAUCUGCGCAGAUGCGCAGAGUGUGGUUGACAUCUACGUCAACUACGACUGUGACCUGUCUGCUGCCAACCUGUUCGAGAGGCUGGUGAAUGAUCUGUCGAAGAUAGCGCAGGGACGACAGGCGCUGGAACUGGGCGCAACGCCCAACCAGGAGAAGAGCAUGCGUAUCCGGGGCCUUGAGUGCCUUGUUUCAAUCCUGAAGUGCAUGGUGGAGUGGAGCAAGGACCUGUACGUGAACCCCAACUCGCAGACCACGCUGGGGGCAGACAGGUACGUGAAGGAGGCAGACAGCGAGGCGAAGGCCUCGCAGCAUCUGUACGGCAGCAGCAACAGCCUCAACUCGAGCAACAGCGCCGUGGCAGCACCCAGCGGGGGCAAUAGAGAGGCCCCAGACACCCCUGAACAGCUGCAGGUCCUCAAACAGACCAAGGAGGUGUGGGAGACAGGCAUCACCCUGUUCAACAGGAAACCCAAGAAAGGCAUUCAGUUCCUGCAGGAGCAGCGGCUACUGGGCAUCUCCCCGGCUGAAGUGGCAGAGUGGUUGCACUCUGACGAGCGACUAGACAAGACUGCUCUCGGAGACCUGCUAGGGGAUAAUGAUGAUGCCAGUCGUGAGAUAAUGUAUGCGUACGUGGACCAAUUGGACUUCAGUAACAGGGAUCUGGUGUCUGCUCUGCGCAACUUCCUGGAAGGGUUCCGUCUGCCUGGCGAGGCGCAGAAAAUAGACCGCCUCAUGGAGAAGUUUGCCAGUCGUUACUGCGAGUGCAAUCCAAACAACGGGCUGUUUGCAAGUGCUGACACAGCAUACGUGCUGGCCUACUCCGUCAUCAUGCUGACAACGGACCUGCACUCACCACAGGUGAAGAGUAAGAUGACCAAAGAGCAGUACAUACGUCUGAACCGUGGCAUAAGUGACAGCAAGGACCUGCCAGAGGAAUAUCUGUCCAAGAUAUAUGAUGAGAUAGCCGGCCAUGAGAUCAAGAUGCGUGCUACUACUAACAAGCCAGGCAAACAGUUGAUCUCAAGCGAGAAGCGCAGGAGGUUCCUGUGGAACAUGGAGAUGGAGGUGAUCUCAACGGCAGCUAAGAAUCUGAUGGAGUCUGUGAGCCACGUCCAAGCCCCGUUCACAUCUGCCAAGCACCUGGAGCACGUCCGGCCCAUGUUCAAGAUGGCUUGGACUCCAUUCCUCGCAGCGUUCUCUGUGGGUUUGCAAGAUUGUGAUGACCCUGAAAUAGCUUCAUUGUGUUUGGAUGGAAUUCGUUGCGCCAUUCGGAUUGCUUGCAUCUUUCACAUGACACUGGAACGAGAUGCUUAUGUUCAGGCGCUAGCAAGGUUCACUCUUCUUACUGCAAACUCUCCAAUUACAGAGAUGAAGGCAAAGAACAUAGACACUAUCAAGACACUCAUCACAGUAGCUCACACUGAUGGCAACUAUCUGGGCUCGUCGUGGCUCGACAUUGUGAAGUGCAUCUCGCAGCUGGAACUGGCACAGCUUGUGGGGACGGGAGUGCGACCGCAGUUUAUCUCUGGGCCUCGUGCAUACCAUGAACACGACCAUCUCAAACUGAAUCUCAGCUCCCUGGACCCCAGCGUGAAGGAGUCAAUCGGAGAGACCAGCUCCCAGAGCGUCGUGGUGGCAGUCGACAGGAUCUUCACCGGCUCCACCAGGCUCGACGGUGACGCCAUAGUUGACUUUGUCAAAGCUCUGUGUCAGGUGUCCCUGGACGAGCUGGCAUAUCCCGCUCACCCUCGAAUGUUCAGCCUGCAGAAGAUAGUGGAGAUUUCAUACUACAACAUGGGCAGGAUUCGGCUGCAGUGGUCCAGGAUAUGGCAAGUCCUGGGCGAGCACUUCAACAAGGUGGGCUGCAACCCCAGUGAGGACAUCGCCUUCUUCGCUGUCGACUCCUUGCGCCAGCUCUCCAUGAAGUUCAUUGAAAAAGGAGAGUUCCCUAACUUUCGCUUCCAGAAGGACUUCCUCCGUCCCUUUGAGCACAUCAUGAAGAAGAAUAGCAGAUCGCCUACGAUACGAGACAUGGUGGUGCGCUGCAUAGCGCAGAUGGUGAACUCUCAGGCCCACAACAUCCGCUCUGGAUGGAAGAACAUCUUCAGUGUGUUCCACCUGGCUGCCAGCGACCAGGACGAGGCCAUCGUGGAGCUGGCGUUCCAGACCACGGGCAAGAUCAUCAACGAUCUGUAUGCAAAACAUUUUGCUAUAAUGAUCGACUCCUUCCAAGACUCAGUGAAGUGCCUGUCCGAGUUUGCCUGCAAUGCCAGUUUCCCAGACACCAGCAUGGAAGCAAUACGACUCAUUAGGACAUGCGCCAAAUUUGUGGAUGAGAAGCCAGUGCUGUUCCGGGAACACAAUAUGGAGGACAUGAACGUUUCGGAGGAUGAUCGGGCCUGGGUGCGGGGCUGGUUCCCACUCCUGUUCGAGCUGUCCUGCAUCGUAAGCCGCUGCAAGCUGGACGUGCGCACCCGCGCACUCACUGUUCUCUUUGAAAUAGUGAAGACGUAUGGCGAUGCAUUCUUGCCACAUUGGUGGCGAGACCUCUUCCAGGUCCUCUUCCGAAUUUUCGACAACAUGAAGUUGCCUGAACAACACACUGAGAAGGCUGAGUGGAUGACAACAACUUGCAACCACGCCCUGUAUGCCAUCGUGGAUGUAUUUACCCAGUACUUUGACAUCCUAGGGCCAAUGCUUCUGGAAGAUCUCUACAUGCAACUUCACUGGUGUGUCCAACAAGACAAUGAGCAGCUGGCCCGGUCAGGCACCAACUGCCUCGAGAACCUGGUCAACUCGAACGGGCUCAAAUUCCGAGACUCAACCUGGGACAAGACGUGUCAGUGCAUGCUGGACAUCUUCAACAGCACGUUGCCCGCCGCACUGCUGACGUGGCGGCCCGCGGAGAGCAUGCUCGAAGCGUCGGAGAUCGACAUACACGCGGAAGAAAAUGGUGAACCAGGCAGGCAAGGUAUCUUGAAGCGGUCUGUCAGCAUUGUUAGUGUCAUGAGUGAAGACGGCAGGAUCUUCAAAAGCAAGGACCACAAGCUGUUUGCUGGGCUGCUGAUAAAGUGUGUGGUGCAGUUGGAGCUGAUACAGACUAUUGACAACAUAGUCUUCUUUCCUGCCACAUCACGCAAGGAAGACCAAGAGAACCUCGCACUGGCCCAGGCAGACCUGCUGCACACAGAGGCCGGUCUGUCAGAGCAGCAGCACGAGGAGCAGGGCAUGUACCGCAACCUGAGCUCCAAGCACCUGUUGCUGCUCACCGACUGCCUGCUGCAGUCCCACCGCUUCGCAAAGGCCUUCAACACCAACCACGAGCAGCGCAACCUGCUCUGGAAGGCAGGAUUCAAGGGGUCGAUGAAACCAAACCUGCUGAAGCAGGAGACACAGAGCCUGGCCUGCGUGCUGCGGAUCCUGUUCAAGAUGUGUGGGGAUGAGGCUCGGCGGAACGCCUGGCCUCUGAUUCAGCAACGCUUGAUCAGCGUGUGUCGCGAGGCUCUCGAGUACUUCCUGUGCCUGCAGUCAGAGUCGCAUCGAGAUGCCUGGACCUGCCUGUUGCUCCUCAUGCUCACUCGUAUAUUCAAGAUGACAGAUGAGCGGUUUGCUGCUCACACAUCCAGUUACUACCCUCUGCUCUGCGAGAUCAUGUGCUUUGAGCUGAAGCCGGAGUUGAGAUCGGUGAUGAGGCGCUUCUUCCUGCGGAUCGGGCCCGUAUUCAACAUCACGAGGGUUGCCGCGCAAUGAUGCCACGUGGCGGGGCAGACUGCCUCUCGCUAGUCCUUGCUCCGCGCAGCCCACCACACGGACAGUGGUGCUCUCCAGCUGUGAUGGUUCAGAUUACGCGUGACUCUACUUGUUGUGUCACCUCUGGCAAUUGGCAAUGAACAUAGUGGGUAGGAGUGUUAGUUCCCACUCAGUGUGGGGGGUGUGUUGCUAGUCAUUCGAGGACACGUUUCAAUUUUUUUUUUAUGUUGGGUCGAUUAUGCUUACAGCACUGGCAUGCUAUAGUUUAUUUACCACGGAAGGGUCAAGUUAUCAGUCAUUAUUAAUGCAGCCAUCAAUUCAACCCAUUAACAAUGGAAUAGGAAAAGUAGGGUUAGAGUUUGUAUGUAGUUAGUUCUGACAUUGUGGCUGCAGGAACCCCAUUUUUUACAUUUGGCAAUCACGAAAAGUGGAGCGAAUACCACUAAACAGAUAGUAUUAAUUUAACUCCAUUAAAAUACAAGUAGAUUUCACUAAGUAUACUUGUUUGGUUAUGUAUUUACAUUUUUAUUUGUAUAAUGUAUGUAUAUAUGUUUAUUAGGCCUUCUACAUAUUUAUUUUUGUACUCCUUUCCAAAAUAUUUUGUUCCAAAAAUUGAUGGAGGGUAGUAGCACCUGGCAUCGAUUUGUGUCCAGGUGGUCGUCCUGUGUUUGACUGCUUUUUACAUGAGGAAAAAAAAAUAUUUUGGGCAAAGUUUUGUCUUAAUCCAAACAACAUCACUGCACAGAAAAAUACUGUUGACAUGCCAAGAGUUUCAAAUACACACUAAAAAAAAUUGAAACAAAUUUACUAAAGUCUAACGUCAAAAAUGCAUCAAGGUGCGUAACAUCUGAUAUUUGGUGAUUGUUUUUUGAUGAUUCUCUGUCAAAGAAGUGCUAAGUUUUGCGUUUAACUCUUGUAGCAUUUAUCUGUACUUACUUUAUCUUUUCUGUUUUUAGAAAUCAGUCUCAAAGUGGGAAAAUAAAAUGUGUUUUUAUUUGUUGAGUUGAGAAGAAUUUUAUCAGUUGUUGGGGGAAAUUGGUUUGAUUAGUCUCUCAAAUUAAUAGUCUAGUUCUUAUGAUUUUUUUUUUUUUUAACUAUUUAAAUUAUGGAAUUCUUUUUAUUUAACUAUGGCGUAUUUAUUUUAUAUGAAUAUAUAUAAAGUAAGUUUUUGUAAAAAGAAAUUUGUUCAAAUUUGGUAAGCAUGCAUUGAUAUUAUAAAUGUUCAUAAAAAUACUUUACAAAUAUUGUAUAUAUAGCUUAUUUUUAGAGAUGAUGAAAAAUCGUUUGAAUGAUAUAGCUGCGAAUAAAUGCGACAAACCCGUUUACCAGCGAUAAAAUGCGAUAAACUCACCAACUUGCAAAUUUGUGCUACAUACUAAAUAACCAUUGUGUUAUUUUGAGUUACAGUCAAACCUCUCUGAAACGACCCCUCACGGUUCCCAGGAAUUGGGUCGUAAUAGAGGGGGGGUCGUAAUAGAUGUUUUCAGAAAUUUCCAGUUGAUUUAAAAAACCCCCCCCCCCCCCCCCCUCAAACCGCUACUCGCUAAGGAACCAGCCGUACAAUGGCAGGAUGCUGUCACUCACAAUGCUAGACGGCUUUGCUUUAAACCCACCUCAACCUUAAUGACUAGUCCGUUGCCCUACAGGCCACCUCUAAAGAAAAUAUGUCAAAAGACAGUUUAUUUUUACUGGUUAGUUUACAUGUACGUUUUCUGCUUGCCGUAGUUAAAUACACUAGAACCCCAAUGUCACGAACCCCGGAUUUAACGAAUACAUUCUCGAGAAAACCGUAAAAAAAUUGGAGAUUUUGACCAAAAUGUGAAAUUCAGAAAGAAAAAAAAACAAAAUGAAAGAACAUUAAAAUCUGUUAAUUUUAACACACAGCGUAUUUUUGUGUAGGCUUUAAUACUUCCAAUAAUGUUCAUGUAAGAAUAACAAAAAAAUAAUGGGUCAUUUCCUUUAAAAAUAUGUCAGCUGUAGGUUCUGCAACGCGAGUGGGCGCACACGAAGCUCGCCUGGCUGGCUGGCGGCAGCGGCUUCAUGACGCAUAAGCUCACCCCUCCCUCCCCUCGUUAACAUUCUUCAAGGCUAGCUCAUCUCUCCGAGACACACAAACCAUAUAGUGUCCUCCCUUAUAACACCCCAACCUCACUUCCUUUGAAAAAUCUUUGGUGAGAAAAUGCUCAUUUCACCCUCCCUUCUCCCGUAAAAUUGGGCUUUUAUGAAUGGGGUACUAAAGCGGUGAGGGAGGGGUCAAAAUAUGUCACUUUUCACACCAAGUUCGAGUUCAGUCAUCUCUGGCAAGGAAUUUAUAAGCUUUCAAACUUAAAUAUAAAUGUAUUUUAAUAGCAAGGGUCCUAUGAAAAGGAAUAUACCGAAUAAAAUCAAGCUGCUGUCACCAAACAAAGCAUAAAACGGCCCAAUGCGUGGUCGCUUCGUUAUUGCUUGCGCGAGAGGUGAGACGUGGAAUGUUAGAAGAUAAAUGUGGGGGAGACAGACAGCAGCCAGUGUGUUUCCUGAGUGGGGAAUAAGUGGCGUAGCCUUUUUUUUUAUGCUGGGUGAAGCGACCUUUUUCUAUCAACCCACGGGCUGUCAAAAUAAACAUCGCUGCGGCAGUUAACACAAGUCGAGGCGGGCGUGCAUCCAGUCGGUCGCUGUGUAAACACGUUGCCACAAAAACCUUUAUCUGCACCCUGCCGGCAAAGGGACGUGGAAUGGGGGUUGUUAAGAGCUGACAGCGGUCAACAGGAAGUGGUAUCUAUUUUUAGAUAUGCGCUGCCUACGGCAGUACAGCACUCGGCAAGAGAAACACAGUAACACGCUACUCACCACAAGAAACUUAUUUUCUUCAGAUUUUCGGCAAUUUUUUCACGGUUCCUCGAAAUCGGGUUGUAAUAGAGAGGUGGUCGCAAUAAAUGGGGUCGCAACAAAAAGGUUUUACUGUACUGGAAUUUUUUUUUUCCCGUCAGAGCACAUGUUUUGUUUCCAAGGGACAAGCAGCAAGGCAUUUGGCAGCUGCUUUUGUGUUUGUGUGUGUGUGCAGCGAUAAGCCAGCGUAAGUUGUCAAGGCCCACCAGUACAGUCUGCACUAAAGUGCUGUAAACACACCUCGUGUCCCGGGCGAUGUGUACAAUAAAUUACUGUACCGUAUCUCUUUGCCUGUCACUCACGGUCACGGCCGCUUCUAUUUCUGGAUAUUUUCCUUGUUUCAUCCUUCAAAAUGCUCGCUUAUCUUUCGGCGCCUUCUGGAGUUAUGAUUGGCUGCACCAGUCAGUACUUGACAUUGGUUGCUGCCGUUGGUAUCUUAUUUUGUCACCACCAUAUUUUUUCCGUUUCAUUCGGCAUACUUCACACCUUUCUGUUUGAACUCAGCUUUAUAACUUAUUUUCCUCAUAAACACUACCCGGUAACUGUAAAACCAACUUCCCUUCCCCCCUCGUAUUCCUUACGAGCAAAAAAAAGUCUCUCCCACCCCUCGCAGUCCAUCAUUCAACAAGCCACCCUCCGCUUCUCCUCCCUCCUCCCGCCGUGCGUCACAUCAAACCACCCGUGUUCAUUGUUUUGUCUUUUGCUCACUCUUUUUUAAACUCCUGGUGUGAAUUAUUUCCUAAGUCGGCCAUGCGGUAAAGAAAAACUGGCUUUGCUGUGCCGUGUAUCAGGUUGCGUAAAUAUUUUUACGAGAUGGGGCGGACGAAAACUGUAGGGCCGCAUUCAAGAGCAGAGCAGUAUAAAUCGCAUCAUUUCUACGUUAGCAAUACCAAUAUUCUCAUGUGCAAGCCCUGCAAUAUUUGUAUACACUGGGAAAAAAAGACACAACUGAUAAACAUAUCAAAACAUUGUCACACAUCGAACUGCUUAAGAAAUUUUCACACCAGCGUGAAAAUAAACGGCAAGCGACUCUGCCGGCGUUAGUUCAGAAGCAAAAAAAAAAAAACACAAAACUGAACAGCAGGAGUUUGUAGAAGAAACAGUGAAAAUGUUUCUUAAAGCAAAUAUCCCACUUCACAAAGUGGAUGAUCCUACAGUUCGGGCGUACAUGACAAAGUAAGUACAGGAUUUUGGUUGCAGUAAAUGUGUGUGCUAACCAGUUAGCAUUGUAAUAAAUGUAUUGACAAAAUUAAUUUUAUUUUCAGAUAUAUUCCUGGCUCUGGAGACCUUCCAAAGGCAGCCACUCUCAGAACUCACAUUGUACCAUGUGUGGGUGAAACCAUGCAGACAGAAAUAAAGGAAGCUGUAAGAGACCAAAAGAUUGUUGUGGUUGCUGAUGAAACAACAAACACUUGUGGUAGGUGUGUUUUUGCGGUAUUAUUUCGCACUGUAACUGCAAGUUCAGCCCAAUGUGUGUACUUAGCAAGUUGUUCGUUUCUGAGCAAAGCAAAUGGAACAACCUGUAGUCAGGCUAUUUUGGACACUGUAAACAAAUUAGAAAUUUAAUUUGACAAUGUAGUGGGCAUUGUCUCAGAUUCUGCUCGUUACAUGGGGACAUGUUUUCAAUCUCUGAAAACUAUCUUUGGGGAACAGCUUCUUCAUUUAAAAUGUUGGGCACACAAAUUAAAUAGUUUUGGGGACUGCAUUGUAAAGGAGUUUGAGGAAUUAAACUCACUUGUUACCAAAAUGAAAACUGCAUUCUUACAUUCAAGAAAAAUAAAGAAUGCAUACAUUGCAUACUUGGAGGAACACUGCCCACACAUCCCAACAGUUUUAUUUCCUAUUCCAGUAGUAACACGUUGGAAUUCUUGGUUUAAUUCUGUACAGUACUUGGCUCAAUACAUUGAGGAAAUUUUGACAUUUUUCUCCAGUGAAUGUGAGUUCACAAAUAGUAGCAUUGAAUAUAUUGUUGGCAUGUUCAAGGACACCACUACUGCUUUUCUCCUAAGAGUACAAAUAAAGUUUGUCAGUGAGAUUGGUGUGAAGAUUAAGGCAUUAAUCACAGAUCUUGAAGGGUCUGAAUACCCAUAUGCCCACAAACUGCGGGAUGAGCUGGAGACACUGCAGAGUUCUCUGCAGAGGUAUGCAGAUGGUUCUUUCCCACAUGGAACCAUUCAACUGUUGAAUCAGAAUUCCAAUGCUGUUGUCAAAGAGGGAGUGAAAGGAAGAUUGAAGACUUGCAUGCAGAAAUGUGUUCUCACACUAGCUAACCACAUGGCAGGUGGAACAAGUGUACCUAGUGUACAAGAAUGUAGGUUCUUUGUUCAAUCCUACCCUUGCAGGACAGAAGAACAAGGUGGAUGAAAAGCGUGCAAUUGAGUGCAGAAUGAGACUUCCAUUUCUCAAUUAUUUGAGUGCAGACAAUUUCACAGAAGGGUUCCUGUACUUUCAUCAGCAACUGCUUAACCACGUUAAAGAGGGUGACAAGUGUGAUGUAAUACAGAUUUUUUUGGCAGUAAAGCUCAAGUACCCAGAAUUUUCUGAGGCGGCAUUGAGAUGUGUGUGGCUUCCGGUCAGUAGUUUUGAUGCUGAAAGGUUUUUCAGUAAGUACAACCUCAUUGUCACUGACAGGAGGACAAGGAUGACCGAGAAUACCAUUGAAACAUGUUCAAUGCUUUCAUUUAAUCAUGAAUUAUCAUGAACAUGGUGUCGAUGUGUAAUUUUUUUAGUGUGUCAAAUUUCUCUGCUACAGUAUGUUGUGUUACCAGUGGUCAGAAACAAAAAUUUGUAUGAUUGAUUGUCUCAUGUAGCUGUAUUUGUUAUUUGUAUUUUGAUUCAAUUCUUUAUUAGUUUAUUACUAUAUCUAAUUACAAUGUCAGUAUUGUUAUAUUAUAUUCCUAUAUUUUUAAAAAGCAUGUUAUGAACAUCGCACACUACAGGGCUUAAAAAAAUUAUAAAUGCUAAUAAAUGCUACAGAACAAAAAAUAAAUGCUAUAAAGUAGCUUUUUAAAUGCUAUUUUUCAUCAUCUACUUAUUUUGUUUACAAUUUUCUUGUUUUCUUUCUACAGCAACAAGCUUCAAACAAAUGAAGACACUUUACCUCAUCUUGUCUUCAUGUAGUCAGGUGCAAAACUCAGAUAGAACUAUCAAAAGAAAGGCAGUUAAACUGAUUUCUUCCUUUCGUUAAUAAAACUGCUGGUCGACAAGUUUCCAGCUUUGAUCCUUCCCCUCUUUGUUCUGGUAGGGCACAAUGAGAAAAAUUCAUUACCCUCUCCAUCCUUCCUCAUUGGUCACAGGUGUCAAGUGCUAGACAAAUAUCUGGAAAAGAACUACAGAACCCUGUUAUAACAUUUUUCAAGUGAGCAUAAGGAAAUAAAAUCAUAAGCAGGAAAUAUCAAUUUAGUACUUGUCUGUGUUAAUUUUUUUACCAUUGCACUCAUCAAGCUGUAUAAACAAAUUUAAUGUUAAAACUUAAAACCACUAAUGGGUACCAGUGGCGUGUGGUAGAGUUAUUGUGUGGGUAAGCUGUCUCACCCAUCGCCGACCUUAAGGGCCCUCCCCCAGAAAAAUUUGGAUUUCUAGGUGCAAAAUGGGGCUAUUUUUGCAGUUUUUACCUGGUAGAAGUAUAAAAUGCACUUCAUUCUAAGUAAUUCUAUACAUUCUUGUACCUGUCAAAGUACUCCAGCUGUUACAACCAGGAGCAAAAUUAUUAUCUUUUCGGAGACAGAGAACUAUUAAAGUAAAACGGCAAUAUGAAGAGAGGGUUAUUACAUAACAUAACAUACAAAUACGCUCACAAAAAUAUAAUACGCAGUAGGCCCGCCUUAUCCUUAGGCAGAGCUCCGGCGAUCAGAGGAUUGAGGUGGAAUCUGAGAAACGCUGGAAUGUACAUAUGUGCGGGGUAAACCUAACGAGAGUUUUUUUCCCCACAUGUCAAGGAAAAACUUUACACAACUUUAAAUUAGAAAAAAAGACAACGUUAGGGAAACAUUUUCUAUUUUAAAAGUGUACUACUGAGUACACAAAAAUUAACUUGACGAGAUUUUUCACACAAGUCGAGAACAUUUUUUACACCAUUUUAAACUUGGAUAAUAAAGACAAACGUAAAACAGUUUUGUUUUUUACAAUUUAGCUACUGAUUACAUUAGAACUAACUAAGCACAAUAUUUUUCUCAAACAUUUCAUAUUUGGCUUUUACUUUUUUUAUUUAUUUACUUUUCAACCACGGAUGCGAAGUCCACGGAUAAGGCGGGCAGACCAUAAAUACAUACAAUAGUUUUACUUUUAUCUAUAGAAACACUUUAAGUGCAGUUAAAAAAAACGUAGUACUAGGCACUAAUGACCAUAAAGGCCUAGAAACACAAUAUCUAUUAUAGACUAAAAUAAGCAAUAUGCAAUAAUAAAUUAAUUGGUACAUAAUAUUUAUAAAAAAAUUGGUUGUCUGUAAAGUCGGUUUACGAACGAUAGUUUAACGUCACGUCAUAACAAAACAUGGAUGACAUGAUUACAUACUUUUAUGAAUAAAAUUGAAUCAUUUUUAUUGAAUUAUCACUAUUUUGUAUGGAUACAAAGAAGGAGUGAAAUGAAAUCCACAAUUUAAUUGAUAAAUUUACUUUUAUUUGCACUCAUUAAUUCAAAUAUGUUUAUUACUUUAACGAAGAGAUUAUUUUAACUAUAACUUUUAUACAUGUUUGCUAUUUAACUUCUUCCAAUCUGUAUUAUUCUGUUAAGGAUAGGACGAUGAUAGGAAAAGUAGGAAACGAAUGGGAGUGUUUCAAGGAUGAUGUGAAGGAAAAUGGCUUACCCAACACCAAGAUGCAGUAAAAAAUAAUAUAUUUGCGCCACUGACUCUGCAGCAAUGCUAGGAGGAACGGGUUAUCAAAGAGCAAUGAAAAUGUUACAUUGAAAUGCAUGAAAACAGAAUUACGCCACGGACUCGGUCGCAAUGCUAGGAGGUUCAGGUUAGCAAAGAGCAAUACAAAAUGAGCGUAAUGGGACACAGCGAAACGGGACAAUGUGCAUAAUGGGACACUUUUUCGUGCGUGCAGCCGGCAUUCAUUGAUUUAUUAGACGUCACGUCAAAAAAUAUUGAUAAUUGAAAUCUGUGCAAAACAAAUUAAAACAUAAUACAAGACACCAAAUUAAAAAAAAGUUACUUAUAUGCAAGCUUGAUUCUUCUCUCUUUUUUUGAAAACUCAUUUAUGUAUUACACAGUCAUGAAAAGUUUGCUCAUUCUGCAUUUCACACAGCAAAUCUUUUUCAAUGGACAAUAAUGCCAGUUUUGAAAGUCUGUUUUGUUGUUGUGUGCUAUGGCUGUAUGUCUAUUUGCUUCAGUGCUGAAAAACUUCAUUCUGUGGAGGCACUAGUAGCAGGAAUAGUUAAUGUCAGUUUACACAACUUGACCACUUCUGAAUAUGCUACCUCUAAGUUGUUAGAAAGUAUGAAUAGUAAAACUUCGCAUACAUUUUUACCUGAAAAUUCCAGGGCCAUAUAAACUGCAACAAGUUGUGCUCACAGUGCAACAACAUCAAAGAAAUUACCAUACAGAUUUAAUACAGACUGCAAACUAGUUUCGGGAAAACAUUCUCGAUGUUUUGUGAAGUUGUUUGGUUCUAGAAGUUCUAGGAACUGCAGAGAUUCUAAACUGGAAAAUCUGUCGCUCAUUUGCUGAAUAACAGUGUCAAUAAUUUGGUAGUACAAACGCCUGUAAAAUGUUUUGAGAUCACUACUAUCACUGUUCUCAAAACGUUUCCUUUUGAGUUCUUGUGCUUCGGAAUUUACUUCAGCUUUUGUUUUCUCCCAAAUAGUUUCAAAAUUGUUUCGUUUUAUUUGAAGAAGUUGUGAUAACUCCCCAAAACAUCUGUGUGAGGGGAUAUGUCAGCAAAAACCUUUAACAGAAAAUUGAAGUUGAAGUCGUUCAAUGAAGCUAGAAAGCCUUUGGCACUUAUGGCAGUUUCUUGAUCCCAGUUUUCUUCAGGGUCACAGAUUUUGUCUAACAGGCAAAUAAGUUUGUCUUGGUAUUCAUGUACUGAGCCAACUAAGCGCGACUUGAAGUUCCAAUGUUUGGCUGAAACUUGAGGCAAUCUCUUAUUUACAACAUCAUCAAGGGCCUUUGUACGUUUUGUGGACUUCGUAAAAAAUGCAGCUAAUCCACUUAAUGUACUGAAAAAUAUUCUGCAGUCUUUUAUUGAACAUGCAGAUUGUGAUAACACCAAAUUUAGCCUGUGCGCCAUGCAGUGAACAAAUGUAGCCUGAGGAUAUUUUUGUUUUACUUUCGCUUGCAGGCCAUUCAAAUGACCAGCCAUAACAGCAGCGCCAUCAUAGCUUUGAGCUACCAGUCUUUUCUCGCAGCUGUAAUUAGCCACUAAUUGGUCAACAAUGUUGUAAAUGGCCUCAGCAGAGCAAUUUUCAGACACAUCAAAAAAUCCCAUAAACCAUUCUUGUACUUUACCAUCCUCCCCAAUGUACCGAAAUAUGUAUGAAAGUUGAGCCUUAUUGCUUAUAUCUGUUGUUUCGUCUAGGCUGAUAGAAACAAAUGUAGUUUUUUUCAAUUUCAUUUCUAAUGCGUUCACUGACUACGGUGGCUACACUUGAAAUCAAAUCAUUUUGUAUUAGAUUUGAUAGUCCUAUAAAAACUGAGGACGUUUCAAGAUGAUGUUUCAAAAUUAAAUCGUACUGACUGAUGAGGUUAAUUAGUUCAACAUAAAUCCCUUUGUUUUUUGAGUCAUGUUCUUCGUGGUGACCUCUGAAAGGAAGUUCCUGCUUUGCUAGAUAACAAACAACAUCUACAAAACAUUUCAAGAUUUCUCAGUUCUUUUUAACCAAUUCAUUGUGUUUUUGAUGACUUUUUUUUUUUUUUUUUUUUUUUUUUUUUUUUUUUUUUUUUUGUCGUCAAGCAAGUGGUCUAUCCUAAUCUUACCAAAGGUUUUUCACAAAGAAUAGCUUGCAAAUGGGUAUGGGACAAGCAAUGUUUUUUUGAAGCUUUGUGCAAAUUGCCCAUGUCAAUGUAUCCAGUUUUGCGCCACACAUUUUUUUCUUUCACAAAAAGCAUACAUGGCCAGCAAAAGAGUUUCCCAAGUAAUGGGCAGCCUUUUAACCACUCAUUUUUUGAAUGUAAAUGACAAUUAAAAUGUCUAACAAAAGAAUUUCCUGUUGUUUUUAUGUCUAAAUCAGGAGUCGGUCUCCCCACUGCAAAACCUUUUUUUUUUUUUAUCUUCAAAAGAAAAAGAAUUAAAAUUAGUACUCAAAAAAUUGCAAACAACGCAGUGGCUGUGUUCUCGGCUGGGGUCGGGUUGAGAGUCCUGCUCCAUCCCGGACAGCAUACGCUGCGGAACUCACAGCUUACCUUGUUGGCACAUGGACGGCAGUCGCAGAUUAAGUUUACAUUCUCACUGGCUAGCACUUAAAAUGAAAACAGUAAACACCAAAACAGAAUAAAGUGUUCUUAAAACAGACACUGUUGCGCAAUGAAAAUUGCCUUAUAAGAUGUAAAAAUAAAAUUUGUACCGGUAUUUGUUUGUUGCACGACACAACGCAACUUCAGCCUGCUGAUGUGCGCACACACAGAUAAGGCCAGCUGCUCUGAUUACAGCGGGCCUUGAGCGAACUUUACCGAAGUAGUCUCACGAAGAUACACGAACCCUUUCCCCCCCUCCGCCCGGCUUUCAUGUUACCAUGACAACCGGGUGACACGCUAACCGACGCGCCCGCUACGGUGAUCGCAUCGCAUUGGCACUCGAGAUGAAAUUACCAGAUAGCAAAAAUUAUUACAUUACGCCAAGCAACAUAACAAAACAACAGGGUAAACACUGCUUACCUAGCAUCUAUUGAAUACACGCCACUGGUGGGUACACUCGAAGCUCGAAUUUGCUUAACCAAGGCAACAAUUUUUCAACUUCAUAGUGCUUCAAGCUUAUAUUUUAUUUGUCUUUAAAGACACAUUGCCACAUUUCUGUAAAAUUGUCUCAUGAUUUGUGAUGAUGUUUAUAGAAUGGGAAUGCAUUUUUUUUUUUAUUUUUUUUUUUAGCAACUUGAAAAUGUGUAAUUUCGAAUUACUAGUUAUGAAUAAAAUAAAUUAAAUUUAUCAGCAAUAGAAAAACCUUUUUUUACCAUUGCAGAUUAUUUAGUAAACUAAAAUAUUAUAGGACUGUGUAUGUACGUCUGAAAACACACUAGAAAGGCAAGGAAUGGAAGUAUUUGUUUUUUGGUAUAACAGUGAAGUAGACCUUUUAACUCGUUAAACUUUACUGAUGGGUAGAUGGGUAAGUGUUUGAAUAGUUAGGUUUUUAAAACUUUUUUUUGCAUUUAUUAAAUUUUAGAAAGCAAAUUCAUAAGCAGGAAAUGCAACAUCAAGAAACGUAUUAUAAGCAGGAAUAUCAGAACAGGGUUCUACUGUAAACCAAAGUGGUUUUAUUCAUAGCUUCUCUACACUCAUGGUGGUCACUGUAUUGGAAAAACAGGAAAAACCAGGAAAAUGUCUGGAAUGUAAAGGACCUGGGGGAAUAAGUUUGAAAUUUUGCUUGUUUACUGGGAAAAUGCUUGUGAAAUUUGCACAAUUUUUAUUAUGAGACAUUGCAGCAUCUGAAAAUGAUCAGCAGGCAGCGAUCCUGUACAGGUUCGUGUUGAUAACGACUGGAGUAAAAUGACCUGGAAAAUUAAAAAAUGGGGAGCAGGGCGGGGUGAACCUAGAAAAUUGUAUCUUGAAUUGAGUGGCCACUGUCUACACUCAGAUAAUUUUCUCAUAAGAUGCCAAUUAAAAUUUUUAGAUCACAUGAAUAAGCAAAGUUGUUACAUUCAUAUUAAGACCAAUUGGCUUCAGGUCUUAUUAUAUGAAGGGCCAAUUUAGUUAACAAUUUUCAUUUCUGAAAAUCUGACAUCACCUUAUGCCAGCAAAUGCUGUAUUUUAGUACCCUAAAUUAAACUUUUUAAUAUAUAAAGCUCGUUAAUAAAAUAUGUAGUGAUUUUGGACUUCAAUUCAGCAGUGAAGAAUUGGAGGAAUAUAUUAUGGAUGUUUAGCAUAAUGACUAUAUCACUCUUAUUUUAGCCAUUUGCCCCUAUUACUGCUAUAGUAUCACUGUUAAAUAUGCAGCAAAAACACUGCUCACCAUUCAAGACCUUUCCUGCAAUUCUGUUGCAUACCAAGGAUCACAACAGUAACCCAGCAUGGUAAGCACAUGCUCAUUCUUGGUUAGGCUCUAACACAUUCUUUUGAUUUCAUCACAGUAUGUGUUAUUUUGUAGUUCAAGAGAGAUUAAAAUGAAACAUUCCAAAUAUGUGUGUGAGGAGUAAAAUUAAUCUUUUCAACACUUGUCACACAAAUUCUCAAUCACUAUAUACAACUUACAUUGUAGUUUUUUUUUUGUUUUUUUCUUCAGAUAGUCCAGUUUCUUAUAGUUAUUUCACAAGGGUAAUUAUAAAUUACUAUAUAUUUGAGGUAACUCAUUAACAGUAGUUUGUUAAAACUCUUGUCCGAUACAUAAUUGCAAUAUACAGCACUUUUUUCUUGCAUAUUUUUUCAAAAAUCUGCUCUUGAAUUUUUUUUGUGUUUAACUAAAAAUGUUUAAUGAUUACUAUUAGUUGAUUAGUUGGUUAUAUUAAAUGUAUUUGGAAAGUUUAAUUUUUCCACUUCAGUUUUCUUGUCAUAUUUUAUAAAAUAGUGCACAGUCAAUCUUGUUCAUAUUUGCAAAUGUUGAGUUUAUUAGGUUCAUUUAUAUUUAUAGUUUGGAAUAUAGAGACAUUUAUAGUUUACCUAAUGCAUGCAGUGUUUGAAUUACAGUGCUGAAUCUUUUGUGUCAGAAUUAGCAAUAUAUACCUGUUGAGAUGUGUAUCAUGUACAACAUUUUGACAAUUUAGUAGCACCUAUUACAAAAAUGUUUGGUGAUCAUAUCUCAAUGGUGACAGAGAGUUAGCCUGGACAAACAAUUUGUUAAUGGUUUGUAGGCUAAUUAAGAGAGCUGUGUAGUAGAUCUUUACUUAAAGUCAUAUUUAUUUUGUUGUGUGUAUGAAUUGGGGAAAUGAGAUAAGUAUUAAUUUUAGUCCUUAAUAUGUUAAUGUGUAUACUAUUAGCUAUUACAUACUGUGUACAUUGUAUUUUUUUUUUUUUUUUUUAAGCCAUAGACUUCUCAAUUCAAUCGGUAAAGAAACAUUGAUGUUUAGCAUGCUGCAAGAUAUCUGGAUGUGAGGUUAUUCUAAUGGUGUAUAUGAAACAGUUAAAAUAUUUAUUGUUUUUAUACACUUGUUUAAGUAGCAACUUCUCUAAUUAGUUGCAUGCAUUUUCAAGUAUAUUAGAAGUGUUUUCACUUCAAGGUUCCUUUUACUCAGCUACAUGUAUGAAACUUUUGUAGAUAACCUCUCUACAAUAAAUACUGUAAUGUAAAGUGAAA